AUUAAUUGGAAGCCAAAUGAAAGCAGCAAAUUUGAUUCACUCAUCGAAAUGGCGUCGAUUGUAUCGUAUUCUAUUUUGGUCGCGUUUCUUUCUUUAGUAUUGAGCGGUGACACGUUUCGCAAUGAUAAAACGAGAAAAAAUUAUUUUUCUGAAGUGAAAAACUAUUUUUCCAAACUCACCAACUUCGGGAAUUACCAAUGUGUAAAUGUAUGCCACAAUAUGUUCUGUAAGGCUGAAUGCCUAGGAUACCAAGGCCAGGCAACUUGCUACGGCGCUUUUUGUAAAGCACAGACAAGAGGAGAGCUGUCGAAAGCAACGUGUGACGGAAUGAUGUGUAAAUCAUUGUGCUUUGAGAAAAAAUGUCGGCCUCAGUGUGUAGGAGCAUUGUGCUCGUCAAAGUGCGAUGGAAAACAAUGCAAUUCUAAUUGCGUCGGCGGAAGUUGCUCUUCUGACGCCUUAGGACUGGACGCAAUAUCACACUGCAACGGUGGAACCUGUCGUUCAAAGACAAAUGGAGAUAACACUGUAGCUACGUGCGAAGGUGGUGUCUGCCAAGCAAAGUGUUCGGGGAAGAAUUGUACCGCAAAGUGUUCGGGGAAGCAUUGUACCGCAAAGUGUGAAGGAGAGGUCUGCUUGGCUAAGUGUUCGGGGCCUAACUGCACAGCUAGUUGCAAUGGCUUCAACUGUAAAUACGAGCAGCAAAAUAUGAAGGUUCAAACCUGGAACAACAACCCAGCUGUCCCACUACUGAACUUAGCUUUCCAGGCAGAGCUUAUCUAACUAAAUUUUUUUUUUCUUUUUUUUUCCCCCUGUUAUUAUCUGCAAUCAGUCGGGGGUCUAUAAGCAGAUUAUUUGGGCUAAAUUUGGGAUU